AAGUCCAUAACGUGAAGUUUCUUGCUUUCUUGCUUUCUUCCUUCCAACUUCCAAGACAUAUCCCAUUCUUUUUUUUUUCCAUAUAAACACAAAAAUUCAAUUUCAAGCAAUCAUUUUACGAUCAAAAUUCAAAACCCUUUUACAGAAAUUAAUAGCUAUGAUCAUCAUCACGUGGUUGCCCUCCAUCAAACUCACCAUAGUUUCUUCUUCGUUGUUAAAAACUCCGUUAAUUCAUUAUGGUGACAAGAUGAAAGAGCUUUUCACCUCCAUGUUUUCUCUAAUUUUCUUCCAUGCACUCCUUCUCAUCUUCGUCUUCCACUUUGGUGUAGCUGGAGGUAUAAUUGGAGCAGUUGUAGGCGCAUUGAUCGGGUUUAAGGACAAAACGAACCUCUUACAAGAUGUGAUCAUGGGUGCAACAUCAGGGGCAGCUUUGUCACAGAAAAUUACUACGGCUACCUUUCAACAGCUUUUGUAUUCUGAUCAUGAUGAUGAACAUGGCUGCUUUCUUCACCUGGUUGAUAUUGUAGCAAGUGCUUUGGAAUCAAAACUUCUUCGAGAUGAAGAUCAUAUAUUCCUAAUUAACAAGGUUGCAAGUUGUGAGAAACUCAUUAAGCUUCCAAAGAUUGAAAUAACAAAAGAUGACGUCUUUGAUGCUUUUGGAAAUACAACUUGUUGCUCAAUUUGCCUUCAAGAUUUUGAGGUUGCGGAUGCAGCUGGAAUGUUUCCACAGUGUGAGCACAAGUUUCAUCCGGAAUGCAUAUCACAAUGGCUUCUUAACCACAAUACAUGCCCAGUAUGUAGAAGAAGCAUAUAAUCACUACGUAGAAACAUGAUACAUUCAAAUUUAUUCUUUUGUAAUUAUUUGAAUUUGAAUUAAUAUAUCAUAUAUUCUUUCUUAAA